AUCAUUCUUGCAUGGCAACGCUACCUAAUCAAAAUGACAGCAAUUCGUUUCACGUGCGGCUUGUUCUACUCUGCUGCAAGGAUCGUUUGGGGAAAAGAUCAUCAGUUUCGCAUCCAAAAAUUUUCGCUGCGGAUUUUCAAAAGAAUGACUUCUAACAGCGAAUCAAAUCCAAGUGAGAAUGGUACUAAACGUUUUCGCAGCGAUGCUCCAGUAAUUGGCACGCACAGUGGCACAUUCCAUUGUGAUGAAGUGUUGGCUUGCUUUAUGCUCAAACAACUGCCGGAAUAUAAAAAUGCGUCAAUUUUUAGAAGCCGUGACGAUAAAAUGUUACUUGAGAAAUGUGAUAUAAUUGUAGAUGUUGGCGGUGAAUUUAAUCAUCAGAAAAAAUUAUACGAUCACCAUCAAAGAAGUUUUGUAGAAACGCUCAGUACGUUGCGCCCAGAACUGGGCGAUGAAUUUAAAAUCAAACUUAGCAGCGCUGGUCUUAUUUAUGCUUAUUACGGUGAGCAUGUAAUUGAAAGUGUUCUGCAAGAGAAUGGGAAAGCACCAUUGUCUC